GGGAGAGUUAGUGGACGUACUAUAUGUGUGUGAAGUGUAGGACCGGUGGCUGUGGCGGCACUUUCUUGACAUCCAUUUUGGUUUUGCAUUCAAUCUAUUGUUCCGCCAAAACAUCGCAAACAUCACUACACAUCGGAUCCAGUGAUCGCGUCCGACACCACACCAUCACAACACUCGUACAUCACAUCCCAUUCGGGGGACGAGACGUGAAGACACGACAACAGAUCCGACAGCGAGAGAGAGACACAGAUUGGUUGCAGUGAUGUCGUCGAGCGGACCAAAGUUCACGAUCGGAGACCUGGUUUGGGCGAAGAUGAAGGGCUUCAGCCCCUGGCCGGGGAAGAUAGUGGACGGCUCGCAGGCGAACCUGCGGUCGCCCAAACCGCCCGGCAAUCUGCGCCAGAAGUCGAUUCAAUGCGUGUACUUCUUUGGCUCGAAUAACUUCGGUUGGAUCCAAGAGGACGCCAUCAAACCGUACGCCGAGUUCAAGGACCAGAACUGCAAACUCAACAAAAGCCACGCCUUUAAGGAGGCCAUCGAGAAGAUCGAGGAGUUCAUCAAAACCGGAGAGAUAGCACCCGUGACCACAGCCACUGCCGGCGAUCAGACACCCAAUUCAGGUACCAAUUUGUCACAUAAGACUAGUGUCAACGCUCUGUCCGCCCAAACCGGUGCGGAUAAGAGCGCCGCAGACAAAGAACCGGGACUCAGAACCGCUGGUGACGACAAUAAAGGUCUGAAACUGCCGUCGAUUGAUGAAGAAAUUGCCACUAUUUUUACGGGCAAUAAGACUGACGGCGAGGAGAAGAAGACCAACGCUACGAACUCGGCUUCGGCCGCGAGUACACCGACCGCUGGUCAACGCGAUUACAGUCGAACUCCAUUUGGUCCAAAGUCAAAGGCCGGCAAAUCGAAAGCCUCGACACCGGCGGCCAAUGACGACGACGCGCCGCCUCCGCCCGCCAAGCGCUCCAAAAGCGCGUCCAUUGAAGAGAAUGUGAACAACACUUCGGCCGCUAAAUCUCCGGCCAAGUCUGCGGCUCGCAAUCUAUUGGCCCGAACCUCACAAUACUUACUCGACUCCAACAGCACUGCUGUCAACGAUCAGCCGGAAGUGGAUCUCAAGACUAUAUCCGCUAAGUCUAAGACUAUUCAACCGUCGAGUCUAAAGUUCGGAUUCAUUGGCUUAGGAUUAAUGGGUCAGCGAUUGCUGAAGAAUUUGUUAAACUCUGGCCAUACGGUCACCAUUUGGAACCGAACUCCCAGUAAAUGCAAGGACUUUGUAAAAGCGGGAGCAGUGAAGGCGACCACUCCGGCCGAUGUGGUGGCCGCGUCUGAUAUAAUAUUUUCGUGUUUGGCUGAUCCGCAUGCCGUCAAAGAGAUAGUGUUUGGAAACUGCGGUAUUUUAGCCGAAAUCCGAUCGACCAAAGGGUACGUCGAGAUGACCACAAUAGACGCCGACACCAGCAAUGAUAUAUCGGAGGCCAUAAUGGCGAGAGGGGGUCGCUAUCUGGAGGCGCCACUCAUUGGGAGCGGCAAAUUGCAGGCGGAAGAGGGAAAUCUGACGGUCAUUGUGGCGGGCGAUAAGUCACUGUUCGACGAAUGCAACUCCUGUUUCCAAGCCAUCAGUAAACACGCGUUCUAUUUGGGCGGUCAGGUGGGCGACGCGUCCAAAAUGAACCUGGUGGUGUCCAUGUUGAUCGGCAAUCUGAUUGGCUCGUUGGCCGAGAGCAUGGCGUUGGCCGACAGAACCAGUUUAUCGCAAAAAGACUUAUUGGAAAUCCUAUCGCUUUCGCCGCUCAACUGUCAGACACUCAUAUCGAAGGGUAAGUCUAUGAUUGACGGCGGGUUCGCAACGGAGAUGCCGUUAACACACAUGCAAAAAGACCUGCGGCUGGCCUUACAGUUGGCUGAGGUGUACGAACACCCGAUACCCAUCACCGCCUCCACCAACGAAGUGUUUAAACACGCGAAACACUUGGGUUACAGCGAACACGACGUGGCGGCCGUCUAUAUCAGGUCCCGGUUCUAACGGCACCUACACUGACAUCAGGCACACACCCACUCCGGGCGCGCGUUACGUACCCUUUCAUCACAAUGUCUGACAAAUACAACAAAUCCGCUGAUAUUAUAAUCCAU